CUGCGACCCUUCGACCUCAUGGCUGUGUGUGCAGCUGACCGUGCUGCUGGCAAUGGCUUCGUCCUUCUCGAUGUCGGCCGCGACUCCAAGGGGCGUAAGGUCCCUUCUCUUGAGCGAGUCCAGCGGAAGGUCCAAAAGCAUCUGCUCGCGGACAAGAAGAGGUUGUCCGUUGUAAAGAAGCUUUACAUCAAAGGCGACUGGAACACCGCAAAGCCAACGAAGAAACAGGACGAGGCGAGUCAAGAUCGCCUUGAAGAUGUCUAUAUUUUACAGAAGACACUUGCUGACGCGCAAGAGUGGAAAGAUGGUGUCCGCGCUGUCCGCAAGCUGAUUCGUGCCAUGGGCAAGCUGAAGGAGCUGGUUUGGAUCUCCGGCCUGCCAUUCUCGGCAUCUGUCUUCAUCGACCUUCCGACGAAGCUUACAAAGUUGGUCCUGGAUCUUGGAAACCAUGUCCACGUCGUUGAUAACAGCGUCCACUUGACGAUCUUGCACAUAGCGCCAGACGACAUGAAACCACUGUUGAGAAUGACAAGGCUGCAGGAGCUUCGACUACUACGGCUCCAAGACUCCAUGCAAUCCAUCGCAUGGAAGACUGUCUAUUCGAAUCAGCUUCCUGGAGGUAUGCGCAUUCUCGAACUGCAGAUGGACUCCGAGCCUAUCCUACGCAACAAUAACAACAAAUGGCACAAGGCUGUAGAUGUGCACGGCUUGACGGUGGCAUUGCCAAAAUUACUCGAGACACCAUAUAAAGGCCGCGAUGGCAAAGGAAGCCUUCAUUGGAGCUUCGGCUAUGGUGAGUAUCUUGACGGCGACUGCAUCCGGAAGGCGAGGAUUGCGUCUGGUGUGGAGGAACCGCUACCCCUUCCGCUGCGAAGCCUCAAGCUCGACGGGUUCGUCAUCGACCAUCUUCCGUUCGAAAACGAGCUCAGGGAUCUCACUCUGCUUACUUGUGGCGAGAAGUGCAUCGACGCUGGUAUGCGAGCACCGAAGACACAGGCCGAACCAUACCACCCUUGGUGCAAGACGGUCAACAAUGCCGCCUGUGGCUUCCUCUUGCAGUGGCCAAGCUGGACCGGAAUCUUUGACAUUGAAGGCGAUCAGCGCGACACUCACGGCAAUGUCGUCGCUCAGGAAGUUGGCCUAUCGACUCCAUAUACAGAGUAUCCACCUUCUUCGUCGCUUCCAGUACCGCUUACGGAAGAGGCCUUGAACAUGAAAGGCAUCAGUGACGCACUGAACGACGUACCAAAGCCUGCUUACUUUAGUUUUGCGCCAACGGUGUCUUCCCUGUCGGUCCCCGAUACACCUCUCGGCGGUGCAUCCAACCUUUCUGAGCGUGGCUCCGAAGUCCCGACACCAGCAAGACUCUCUAUUACUACGACCGACGAGGUACCUGUAGACGGCUCAAUCACGUCCGGCGCAAGCUCUUUAGCCAGCUCUGAAAUUAUAUACGACAACGGUGCGGACGAUUCUAUGCCAGAAGAUUCACCCACUUCAACAACCUGCAACAACAGUUUCGGAAGCGACGACCGAGCUCAGGGGCAUAGGGUGAGAAAGUCUUUGUCUGACAGCUACUGGGUCCUUGGUCCUUCUUGAUUGCGAGGUACUCGGCUAUCGACAUUGGGCUGACACCAGGAGUUGGGCUGUGUGAGUGCAAAUCGAAAGCCAGGUAGUCUCACACGUGAGAAUCUCCCUUCAGGUUCU